AUGAUGCUUCGAGCAGCCCCGCAAUCAUUCGGCACGGAUGUGGUGCAUCUGCAAUACGAUGUGCAUGCUCCUCCCCCCUUGGCCAGCCCAUCCCACGCCCGCUUCGUCAUUCUAUCAGAUACUCACAGCACUGAGCCAGAGGUUCCCGACGGAGACGUGCUCCUGCAUUGCGGCGAUCUGACAGACAUAGGCACGCAGCACUCCUUUGAGCGCUUUCUUGAUUGGUUCAGAUCGCACCCACACCAAACAAAGAUAGCCAUCGCUGGCAAUCACGAUUUCGCCGCCGAUAACAAGACGGGCUGGUAUGAUCGGAAAGGCAGGUCGAUACACAGGCAGUUCAACGAGCCUCAAGCAAACACCGCGCGCGUCUCCGAGCUGCUGCGCGAAAAGAGAUCGGAUGGCUUCGUGUAUCUGGAAGAUGAGAGGUAUAGCUUUUCGAUUGCGAGAGAGGGUGUACGAGAUAGAGUGUGGAACGUUUAUGGAAGUCCGUGGACACCCAAAUUUGGAGGCUGGGCUUGGAAUCACGAGCGAGGAGCGCAGGCAAAAAUGCUUUAUGCGAAUGUACCAACAGACGUCGACUUGCUCUUGACACAUGGGCCGCCCCAUGGCUUUGGUGACCUAGAUGUCAUCAGGUAUGGACGGUCACACGUGGGAUGCGAAGAGCUCACGCGGAAAUUGACUGCUGGCGAGUUAAGUCCCAGGAUCCAUGCUUUUGGGCACAUUCACGAGGCGCGAGGUGUGUUCCGUGAACAGUGGCCUAGGGAGAUUCAUCGACCCCAUCACGAUAGACAUGCACCAAACACUCUGUUCAUCAAUGCCGCCGUGGCUGAUAUGGACGCCGCGCGAUCCCAAGCACAUCAGACGUUCAAGUAUCAAGUCCAGCAUCAGCCCAUCAUCGUCGAUUUGGAUUGCAGACUCUAA